CGAAAUUUGUGGCAUCUGCGGAUCGAUGGUUGUGAUUGAUCUGAUCCGCGUGGGAUCCCGGGCGGACUGGGUCCAAGCAAGAGUACGGCCCCACGACACUGGCAGAUGGGUAUGCAUCAGAUUUACUCUCUUGCAUAUAUGGCCAGACGAUAUCCUUUUAAGAGGCUGAGCAAAUGGUGGACGAAGGGGUUGGCCGGCUUCGCAGUUCCAUGAUUACUGAGGUCCACAUUAUCUACUUCAACGAUCUCUUUGUUUCUUCUUGCCUUGCUUUCAUAUGCACCCGCUUCCUUGGGCUUUGGAGUCAUGAAACUCACCGACUAGCGCUGCUCGCAUUUAAGGCCGGCAUAGCUGGAGAUCCUUUGGGCGUGCUCAACUCAUGGAACAACAGCAUUGGGUUUUGCCGGUGGUAUGGCGUUACGUGCAGCUGGAGACACCAGAGGGUCACGGCCGUGGACUUGCGAUCACAAGGACUUUUCGGAUCAAUAUCACCUCAUAUUGGGAAUCUCAGCUUCUUAAGGGAAUUAUGGCUCCAAAACAACAGUUUCGGUCAUGAAAUCCCUCAGCAAGUCAGCCAGCUACGCCGCCUUCGUGUCUUACGACUAGACAACAAUUCAUUGGCCGGUGAAAUUCCCAAAAACAUAUCGGCCUGCUCUAACCUUGUUGGCCUCGUCCUUCAAUACAACCAACUAAGUGGAGAAAUUCCUACUGAAGUCGGUUCAUUAUCCAAGCUACGGUUUUUUUAUUUAACUUCUAAUAAUCUCACUGGGAUUGUGCCUUCCUCCAUAGGGAACUUAUCUUCACUAGAGAUCCUUUAUUUAUCUCGGAACAACUUGGGCGGGAGCAUUCUACAAGUCCUAGGCCACCUGACAAACUUUCAAAUCAUUGCCUUUGCAGGAAACAAAUUGUCGGGUACAAUUCCAUCUUCUUUACUCAAUCUCUCUUCGCUAGUUCAGUUUGAUGCCGGAAACAACCGAAUACAGGGGACUCUUCCUGUAAACAUAGGCCUCAAACUCCCAAAUAUUGAAUUUUUUAGCGUUCUCGGGAACCAACUUGAGGGGCCGAUUCCUCCCUCGAUAUCGAAUUGGACAAAGCUAGAUAAGCUUCAGCUUGGAGACAACAGAUUUUCAGGGAAAGUGCCUUCUUUAGAAAAUUCGCAUAAGCUUAGUUGGCUUCAAGUCUAUAUUAAUCAGCUUGGAAGUGGAAAACCUGAAGACUUGAGCUUCCUUUGCUCGUUAACUAACAGCACCAAAUUGCUGUACGUGGGCAUUCACGAGAACAAGUUUGGUGGGGUGCUACCAAAAUGCAUAGGUAAUUUAUCCACCACUCUCACAACAUUUACUUUAAGCGAUAAUCGAAUAUCCGGUGAGAUUCCAGAAGAAAUAGGGAAUUUUGUCAACCUAAGAUUAUUCGUCAUGGGGCUCAACCCGCUUUCAGGUGUUAUUCCCUCAAAUUUGGGGAAUCUACAAAAUCUAGGGAUAUUGCACUUAAGUUAUAGCAACUUGGAGGGGACUAUCCCAUCUUCUUUGGGAAAUCUAACCAAGUUGAUUGCACUAUAUCUUAGUGGGAAUCACUUUCAUGGGCAAAUUCCUUCACAUCUAUCAAACUGCCAGUCUCUUAAUCUGCUUGACCUGUCUGACAACAAUUUGAGUGGUGCCAUACCCCCACAGCUUAUAGGUCUCUCAUCAUUAGCGAUUAUUCUGAAUUUGUCUCGUAACCAUCUGACUGGGAUUCUACCCACAGAAGUUGGCAACUUAAGAGCUUUGACUGCUUUGGACAUCUCGGACAAUUUAUUGGUAGGUGAAAUCCCAACUAGUUUAGGUGAUUGCACUGCAUUGACAUCAUUGAGAAUGGGGGGCAACUUCUUCCAAGGGUCGAUUCCUCAAUCAAUCAGAUCGUUAGGAGGCAUUGAAGAACUAGAUCUUUCACACAACAAUUUGUCGGGUCAAAUUCCAGAAUUUUUAUCGGUAUUUCGUUUCUUGAAACUUCUGAAUUUAUCAUACAAUAAAUUUGAAGGCAUGCUGCCACGUGAAGGAGUCUUUAAGAAUGCCACCGGUACUUAUAUUGUUGGGAAUAAUGAGCUCUGCGGUGGAUUGCCAAAAUUUCACCUACCCAAUUGCAUCACCAAAAGAUCCAAUCGCAAAAAGGUCAAUUUAGCGAUAUUUUCUGCUUCUGUUACUUUUGGAAUUCUUGGAAUAUCUCUUAUUCUUGCUUUCACCUACUAUUGUUGGUCGAAGAAGAAAGUAAAUGAACCAGCUUCAAGUUCAAUGGAUGAUUUAGGUUUGAACGUAGGUUUGAACGUAUCUUAUGGAACACUCCUAAAAGCAACCAAUGGUUUUUCUUCAACAAACUUGAUCGGUGUUGGAAGCUUUGGUUCUGUUUACAAGGGGAUACUUGAGGACAAUGGAGCCGUUGCCGCUGUGAAGGUGCUUCAUUUAGUUCGUCAUGGUGCUUUGAAGAGCUUCAUAGCUGAGUGUGAGGCAUUAAAGAAUAUCAAACAUCGAAAUCUUUUGAAGAUAUUAACAGUUUGUUCAGGUAGUGAUUAUCAAGGAAAUGAUUUUAAGGCCUUAGUUUAUCAAUUCAUGGAAAAUGGAAGCCUGGAGCAAUGGCUCCACCCAAAGGCAACAUCAUUUCAUGGGAAUGAGCUUAUGAAAAAGUUGAAUUUCAUUCAGAGGAUAAAUAUUGCUAUUGAUGUUGCUUCCGCACUGGAUUAUCUUCAUCACCAGUGCCACAUCCCCAUCAUUCAUUGUGAUCUAAAGCCAAGUAAUAUCCUCUUAGAUGCCGAGAUGGUCGCACAUGUUGGGGACUUUGGAUUGGCGAAAUUCCUUCUUGGAUCAUCCCUCGAGACUGUAGAUAAUCAGAUGAGCUCAGUGGGUCUUAGAGGGACAAUUGGUUAUGCUCCACCAGAAUAUGCAAUGGGAUGUGAGGUUUCAAGAGAAGGCGACGUCUAUAGUUAUGGCAUUCUCUUAUUGGAGAUGUUCACUGGGUUGAGUCCCACUGAUGAUUCAUUUAGAGACAAUUUGACUCUUCAUAGUUUUGUCGCAAAAGCUUUGCCUGAACGAGUGCUCGAAAUUACGGACAACAUUUUGCUUAAUGAAAGAGAGAGCCAAUUAGGCCCCCAUAGUCCUAAUGAGUGGCUUUCCGAUAGCCAUGGCAUAUUUCAAGAGAGUUUGGUUAUGGUGUAUAAUGUUGGAGUUGCCUGUUCGAACGAAGAGCCUAAAAGACGGAUGAGCAUAAGAGGAGUCGCAAAUCAGCUGAAUCAGAUUAAGGAGAAACUCUUUGCAUUGGGUUUAUAUGGACAAGAUGAACUACUCACAGCUUAUAUUUAGCUGUUAUACAUUGAGAGUUGUUUACGCAAACGGAAGCAGACAGGUAAAAUCUAAACAUUUUUUUCUUAAGAUGAUAGUUGUUUACUAUCCCUUCUGUAUACAUAUUUAAAUUAGCACAAAGCCUGUGGUGCACACAGAGUUUUGAGCAUCGUUGGUUCACUUCUAGCCAGUUUCGGUGCCAUAGUAUUUUAAGAUGAAUAGAAGAUAAAUUGCCUUGCUUUUUUUUUUUUUUCAUAUGCACGAUGCUCAUCAAGACGAAUUGCAGUUAAUUAGCUAUUGGAAAUCUUAUUCAAAAGGAAGCUUGGUUUCUGCAGAUUGACUAGGAAUGGCCCACCGUUGCUUUGUUUCGAAAUUAUCCAAUGUGAAAUUAUCCAAUGUCAAGAACUGAUCUCUGUUCCUAAAGCUAUGUUCAGUCAGCUAUGGGCGAUAUUGACGUGUAGCUUUUAGAUUCAGCAUUCCAGCAUGGGGUAAUUCAAGGAUACGUAUUGACGGUUGAUGUGCACGGUAGGAAGUUGGGGAAUUGUGUAACUUGAGUGGAUUGCAUUUUCCUAAGGGUGCAAGUGCAAAUUAAUCAGCACUGCUAUUUCUGAAGUUUGCUUAUGUCUACUUUAAUUUUCGCAUUUUGGUAAAGUUACUAUAUCACCUUUUUUUCUAUUAUGGGAAAGCACCUAAGCACUUACUCAUAAAACUAGUCAUAGAUAUAUCGUUAUCAUUUUUUUAGAAGGGGAUUCGUUUAAUCACAUGGAUAAGCAACUUUUAAAGGUAUAAAUCACUAGCCACCUAUAUGCUUAGGCCUACUUCUCUAAAAAAUAGUGAUUAUAGCGUGGAAAAAGUUUCUAAAUUUAAAGAGUUUGAAAGUACAGUUACUCUGU